UUAAUUAGUAUUAAACUUGUAGUUUCUUCUAAGUUUAUUGGAGCCCUUAUUAUUUUUUCAUUCCCAGUGGUUGCCAUAUUUUCUUUAAGUGUACAAUGCCUAAUAGAAGCGAGGUGGUAGAUGAUUUUUUUGCUGAAGCUUCAGUAUUUAAUCAAGCAAAGAACGUGCAGGAAACUACUAGAAAAUUGAGAAUUGUUUAGCAAUGCAGAUGAGAAGUGGAAUAUUAAUAGCAUUAUGGCUAUGCCUUACUUUUAACGAAGGUCUGGCCCUACUGGAGCACGAAGGCGAGACCAUCAACAGAUGCAUCCAAAACUAUGGCGGACUUACUGCGGAAAACGCCGAGCGCCUAGAACGAUUCAAGGAAUGGUCGGAAAGCUACGAGGAAAUCCCCUGCUUCACGCGCUGUUAUUUGUCCGAGAUGUUCGAAUUCUACAACAACUUAACGGGCUUCAAUAAGGACGGAAUUGUGGGAGUCUUUGGAAGACCCGUCUACGAAGCCUGCCGAAAGAAAUUGGAACUGCCAUUCGCGUCAGGCGAGAGCAGCUGCAAACAUGCCUACGAGGGCUUCCACUGCAUCACCAACAUGGAAAGCCACCCGUUCACGGUUAUCGACAACAUGCCAAACAUCUCCCCGUCUGCCAAGAAUGCAAUGAAGGACUGCCUGCAGGAUGUCCACCAGGACGAGUGGAAGAGCUUCGAUGCCUUCGCCUACAAUCCUGUCAAUGAACCGAUUCCGUGCUUCACCCGGUGCUUCGUGGACAAGCUGCACAUCUUCGAGGAGAAAACGCGUCUUUGGAAACUGGGGGCGAUGAAGCAAAACCUGGGCAUUCCGGCCAAAGGAGCUCGCAUAAGGACAUGCCAUCGGCAGCGUGGCAAGGACCGAUGUGCCACAUAUUACAAACAGUUCACAUGCUACGCGAUGGCCGUCUAGGUAGCCAUCUUUGUAAAGCAAAA